UUUGGAAUUCCCACAUCUACUUUGGAGAAGAUUCUGCCACAGAGGUGGCCGUCCCCACUGCUGAACCAGGGAGCAAUAUCAUUAUGUGGGAUUGUUUGGGUGUUGCAGAAUCAGGUGGCCUUUGAAGAUGUGGCCGUCUACUUCUCGGAGGGCCAGGCGGGGCUGCUGGAUCCUGAGCAAAGAGCCUUGUACAGAGAGGUCAUGCUGGAGAAUUACCAACACGUGGCCUCGUUGGGGAUAUUCCCCAAGCCGGAACUCGUCUCUAAGUUGGAAAGAAAUGAAGAAUUGUGGGUGCCCACUUCUCUGGAUUUGGAUGAAGAGAACUCAGACAUCAGUUGCAGUGACUCCACGGAGAAAAAUAUGUGCCUGCAAUGUGGGAGAUGUUUUGCGGAGAUUUCAGUGCUCCUUAACCAUCAGAGAUGCCAUUCAGAAGGCAAGCUGUACAAAUGUGUGGACUGUCGAAAAUAUUUUCCCGAGCUUUCUGAACUUCUGAGCCACCAAAGGGUCCACACGGUCGAGAGGCCUCACAAAUGCUCAGAAUGUGGGAAAUGCUUUACCAAAAAGUCCUCCCUGGUGUGCCAUCGCAGAACCCAUACGGGCGAAAAACCUUUUAAGUGUUUGGAAUGUGCCAACUGUUUUGCCCAAAGGUGGCUCCUUGUGACACAUCAGAGAAUCCACGUGCGGGAGUUUCCUUAUCAAUGCUCGGCAUGCGGGAAACGCUUCCCUGACAAAGCAACCCUGAUUGGUCAUCGGAGAACCCACACAGGAGAGAAGCCCUUUAAAUGCUCCGAAUGCGGCAAAGCGUUUGCUUUAAAUUCAGUCCUUCUAACCCAUCUGCGGGUCCACACCGGGGAGAAACCAUACAAGUGCUUAGUGUGUGGGAAGUGUUUCACUCAGAAAGGAAACCUCGUCGGACACCAGAGAAUCCACACAGGAGUGAAGCCCCAUAAGUGCUUGGUCUGCGGGAUGUGCUACCCUCACAACUCCCAGCUUCUGCAACAUCAGCGGGUCCACACCGGAGAAGAACCUUUCAAGUGUGUGGAAUGUGGCAAAUCUUACGCUCGGAAAGAAAGUCUUGUUAUCCACAAGAGAAUCCACACAGGGGAGAAGCCGUAUCAGUGCCCAGAGUGCGGGAUGCGUUUUGCUGGCCGGGCGUCUUUCGUUUACCAUAAACGUGGCCACACGGGGGAGAAACCCUUUAAGUGUCUGGAGUGUGGGAAAUGUUUUAUAGACAAAUCGUGCUUGGUUUAUCAUCAGAGAGCCCACACCGGGGAGAAGCCCUACCCGUGCCAAGAAUGUGGGAAAAGUUUUGCUGCGAAAGCAUCCCUGGUUUGCCAUCAGAGGACCCAUACAGGAGCCAAGCCUUUCAGAUGUGGGGAAUGUGGGGGGUGCUUUGCCGAUAGGUCGGCCCUGGUUUCCCACCAGAGGAUUCACACGGGAGAAAAACCUUUUACGUGUUUGGAAUGCGGGAAAUGUUAUGCUCGGAAAGAGAAUCUCGUCAUCCAUCAGAGAAUCCACACAGGGGAGAAGCCGUACCGGUGCCCAGAAUGCGGGAUGUGUUUUGCUGGCCGGGCGUCCUUCGUUUACCAUAAACGUGGCCACACGGGGGAGAAGCCCUUUAAAUGUUUGGAGUGUGGGAAAUGUUUUAUAGACAAAUCGUGCCUGGUUUAUCAUCAGAGAGCCCACACCGGGGAGAAGCCCUACCCGUGCCAAGAAUGUGGGAAAAGUUUUGCUGCGAAAGCAUCUUUGGUUUGCCACCAGAGGAUUCACACAGGAGAGAAACCAUACACGUGCGUGGAGUGUCGGAAAUCUUUUUCUCUCAGGUCGUCCCUCGUUUCUCACCAGCGAAUCCACACAGGAGACAAACCUUACAAAUGCUCGGAGUGUGGGAAGUGUUAUGGAGACCGAUCCUCUUUCAUCUACCAUCGGGGGACCCACAAGAGAGCAAAGCCUUACACAUGCCUGGAGUGUGGAGCAAAUUUUGUUCCUCAGUCGACCCUUGGGAACAGUCAGAAAGUUCACGUGGAACAGAAACUUAUCCACCGUGAAACAUGCUCUUUGUAUAUUAAAUAGGGUUAGGUAUUCCACUAAUCAAAAAAGCUGUGAUCAGUUUGGCCCAUCAGUAUCACAGAUUUAUUUUUUUAGAGGAUGAUUUUAUUAGAGUAACUUGGACAGUCCUCCGACUGUCAGGGAAACUGAGUCUUCACUAAUUUAUUUUUGCAACUUGCAAGUUAUCAAACUUUUAAAAAGCAACAAAAUGGCUUUGUGGCCCCUUAAAGUCUAACUAAUGUAUAAGCUUUCAGUUUUAUCUAUUAAA